AUGGAGAACCCUACGAUCAGUGGAUUGCGAUCAAGAUCCAGAUCCAAAACACCGUUUUUGCGAUCCAGUUGCGAUCGGGAAAACUGCACGGAGGGAGAAGAACAUAGCCAUGUAUCCGGUAGGAAGACACCCAUUAAAAGGAGCACCCCAAUCAAACAGAUGCAUAAUGUGAAUAAAAUUGAAGCAGUCCAGGAAAGCAUAGACGAGAGUCCACAUACUUACCGAACCCGACAGUCGACUAGGCAAAUGGAGAAACUUAUAAAGACAUCCGAUUAUUCAUCAGAAGAGAGUCCUGAUAGAUUGAAGGGAAACCGAAAGGAAAUAUAUCAGAACGAGAUCAACAGUCAGUAUGAGCGCGUGUCGACAAGUUCUCAGCGGUACGCGACGCUUGCUGACGUCACACUCAGUCCGAUACUCACGUCACAGAAUGUGACGCAAGACAGGUCGACGCGCUACAGCAGUCCAGCGGUCAGUGCUUGUUCUACAGACAGCUCGUUCGCUGAGCAAGCCUUAGCUGAUGCCAGCGCCCUACUAGACCGGGACCCAAACGCUCAACACCUGCCCUACAAGCUAUACAAAAUGGCCGGCGAGUAUUGGAACAAGUAUCCCAAAACGGAUUACACAUACUCCCCUCUAUCCCGGGACCGUGUGGAGCUGGCUCCAGGGCAGGUCGCGGUACCUAACAUGUCCAGAAGGUCAUUAUCACAGUUCAGAAUCCAAGGACCAAAUACUGUGGACGAACCUGACAUACCAUCUGGAUGGAAAACUAGCACUAUGGCGAGGAGAUACACGUCCAUAGAUAGUUCGGACGACGAGGGCGCGUACGUACAUAAAGCAGAUUUAGACCAGAAGUGGUGGCCGGCGAGAUUAGUGGCGACCAUCAUCACUACAAUCACCACCAGCUAUAAAAAAGUGGCUGGACCCUCGCACAGAUACCCUUACACUGAGAGGAGACCCGCGAAAGCUGGCGUAGUGUCUCGUCUGGCCACAGCGAGCGUGGCGCCUUUCUAUUGGAUCUUCAGUACUAUAAAAACUAUCGUUACCACUACCGUCACUACGAUCACUGAAAACAUAUCUCCGGACAAAAGAGAAGAGAACAAGAGAUACAGCAGUCGAUACAAUGAAGUUAACAAACGAAGAUGGUGGCCCUGGCUCGCCUUACUGCUGCUACCUGCUAUGGGAUACGGCUUGCACUACACAUAUGAGAACUACGAAACACUAGUGUUACCAAACUUUACCGAUAUCAACUUAGAUUUAUCUGAAUUCACGGCCAAGAUAGCUAACAUCAGCCUGCCGAAUAUUACUCUGGCUGAUAUGAAGAUCAAUCUCACUCUGCCGGAAAUAACGUCACCCAUCGCGAAGAUACCGGAAAUGACGAAAACAUACAUAGUGUACAGGGAUGUGAUGCAGAAUAGAAUGGCUGACGCUUCAGAGUAUAUGGGGACUGUGGCCGAGAGCUGCUGGGAGGAAAUAAGAAGAUUCUAUAGAGGAAUUAUUGGAUAA